ACUCCUUUCAGUGAAAUUAUGGAACAGAUAGUAAUUUCCCAAGAAUUUAAUCUAGAUCUACCCACCAUAAGUAGAAAUGAUUUUAAUUUCGAACGUCGAAUUAUUGCUGAAAUUGAAAGGUUUCAACAGGAAAGUGAAGAAAUAGCACGAGCGCGAGCUCAAAAGUUGCAAGCUCUUCAAGAAGAAAGAAUUCGGAAACAAAAGGAAGAAGCAAGGAAGAUAGCUCCCG